CUAACGAGUGCGAAUCUCAGGAACGCCAGCAGCCCCGGCGAUGGAGCGUCAAGGUCGUAUAGCUGCUCGGUAAAUGAGACGCUGAUCGCCGACGCGCUGGUUUUUGUCUCCCGUUAUCUGACGUGCGCAGCGACCCUGUGCUGCGCGCUCGUACAAACCGGCACGUAGAGGAGAUGCGCUCCCUGCAGGCGGCGCCGCAGCGCGGACACCUGAGCUGCCCGCUCGGGAGUGGGAGGCAAACGGAGUAAAACGCUUUCAUGGGGUCUUCAUAGUCGACAACGCGUGGGGACCGCGAUCGCAAUGUCCGGGGUUUGCGAUCGGCUCACCGAAUAUAAUACCUAAGCUUACCAAGGUAAGAUAACUACACUCGUUGCUUUUUCCUUAGUAUAUAAGACGUUCUGUAUUCAUUGCGUUUACACGUAAAACACGCUCCGCAAUCGCCGCAGCCAUGCGUAUUUGUACAUCGGCACCAUCGUAGGUGGAACAUCACGCUCUGCAUACCUGCAGAUAAAGUUAUUGGGUGUUAAAAUGUUUCAGUAAGAUUAAUAGUGAAAUUAGAGGAUGAAGUGAAUGUUAUCAUUACGCCAAAAUGCCAUCUACCCUAUGGUGAAGGAUAGCUGUCAACUUAGUGAAACUCCACUACAAACGCGUCAGGCACUGUAAUCGAGAUGAUGCCUCGUCGCCAGUAUAACCGGCACUCGUAGACUGGGUAAGUUUUUCUUUCUUUCUUUCUUUCUUUUACAGUAUAUUAUUAGAAUUAGUAGCCGAAAUAUCACUUGAUAGAAAAUUGCGCUGCUGUCUUAACCCUUCACUUAUUCCGUGAUGUUGCAGUUUUGUUGAGUAAUCACCAACGUAGUACUGCUGCUUAACAUUACAAAAGAGACUUUCAUCUGCAUAUUCUUCAUCUUUUUCAAGCUUCAAAUAAAUUCCCUAUAAAUAUCUUAGCCGUUCCACUUAAGCCUUGCUGACCUGGUUUAAGAGUACCGGUGCGCGCGCUGCCAUUCUCCUAUAUGGUGUGAUUGUUAAAUAAAGCAAAGAGUAUAUAUAGUCAUUAUAUACUGACAUUUUCUCAGAGUAGCUACAUUGUGUGUUUUCUCUAGGUUUUUGUAAUUAUUUAAAAUCAAAUUGCCCAACCUGUGUUCACCUCAUUUUCACUAAGGGUAAGGGUGUGCGGAUCGCGAAUUUUUUUUAUGCUGUUGUUUUAAUGAGAAUAUACUGUAAACGUUAGCUGUGCAGCAUUAUGCUCUCAAGCACCCCUCUCAGGCAUGAUGAAACAUUAUCAGGGAUGAAGUGUUAAUCCAAAACGGGAGGCGUGCCAUGGACAACUUAAAAAAAAUCGUCAGACAUCAUUAGGUGGUAGGUCAUGGCAUCCCUAAGCACUAUUUGAGAACAUGCUUGGGUUUGCGAUUGUAUUUGCAUACAAAUGCUAGAGCUUUCCUUCACUGCUGACGGCAGCUCUGCAGAGCGGCAGGCAGCCGCGUAGAUCUCACUGCUACAGCAGCGUCGGGGCCUUGAUUGGCGGGAACCCAAUCAUGAGUAGUAAAACUGACGUCUCUCUCCCCAAAUGGAUGUUGUCACAGCUGGACUUUACUGGAAACCAAUGGAUACUUCCACAGAGAAUUCUCACUACUAUCUUGUGAUGGUGAAUUGUUGUUAAUUAUCCACAUAUUUUAUUUAUGUUGAAUGACAAUAAAGAUAUUCUAUUCUAUUAUAUUAUAUUAUACUCUGCACUCAUGAUGAAUGCCACCCUUUGCCUGCCUUUUCUCAGGAUGUUUUCUUGAACCUAGGAACGUGCCAUCGCACCUCGAUUUCUCGUUCAGUUGCUGGGCGCUGCCUCCCCUGCUUACUCUCACGCGGCGGGAAGUCCGAGCGACUGCAUAGGAAUGCAGCGGAUCGCUUGAGGACGGGACCAACGGGGAUCUCCUCUCCAGAGCCCAAGACACGGGUACGGAUGUGAGGCACGCCUUGGGCGCUCACGCCGCUCUCUCUCUCUGCCGCUGUCCGCAGGGGUGCUGGCCUAUGAAUGGGACUGUGUCGUACCCGCAGCCCCUGCCCGUGCUCCCGCUGUAACUAUGUGGCAUCCGCGCUGCGCCCGGAAUGCAUUGGCCUGCAGUUUGCGAGAACCGGGAGGGCGGGGCGGGCAGCAGAGGCCGAGGAGGUGGCCGGGGGGGCAUGCCCCCUCCCUUCAAGAUCGCCGUGCUGGGGGCGCAGGGGGUCGGCAAGACGGCGGUGGUGCGACGGUUCCUGCACGAUGACUACAGUGAGACCGGCACGCCCGGCCACACCCGCCAGGUGCAUCUGUCCGCCGCCGUUCUCAACGGGCACGUGCACGACCUCCAGAUCACCGACUACCCCGCCAUCCCCAGCUUCCCUGGAAGCUCGCUGCAGGAGUGGGCCGAUUCCUGUUGCAGAGGCAUCCGGAGUGCUCACGUCUACAUCCUCGUUUACGACAUCUGCUGCUUCGACAGCUUCGAGUAUGUCAAGACCAUGCGGCAGCAGAUACUGGAGACCAGGCUGCUGGGAACGGCGGAGACCCCCAUCCUGAUCGUGGGCAACAAGCGGGACCUGCAGCGCGGCCGUGUCAUCCCCCGCCACAACGUGUCCGACCUGGUUCGCAAGAGCUGGAAGUGCGGCUAUGUGGAGUGCUCGGCCAAGUUCAACUGGCACAUCCUACUGCUGUUCAGCGAGGCUGUACGUAGCGUCGGCUGCGCCCGCUGUAAGCAUAUCCACGCCACCAUCCGCUUCCAGAGGGCACUGAGACGUGAACGCUGCUCCCUCAUGUGAGCACUGGGCCCUCGAAGUGAGGGAAUGACCCCAAAACUCAUUACGAGAUGCGACUAUGAUGGUCCAGGACAUCACUACAUUGCAACAGCCCCAACCGCUAAGCACCAAAAGUCCCACUCACUUUCUGCCCUGUAUCUGUGCUGCGGAACUUUAUGACAACAAAGGAAGCACAAAGGCUCAUUCUCGGCGGACUCCAAGAAGUGCACAGCACCUGCCAUGCCAGUGCAGUCGGCUAAAUCUGCAAUAUCAACUCGAGAAGAAGAUUUGGUAUUCACUGUUACUUUGAAGAUGUAUUCUUUGCAUAUCCUUGACCAGGGUCUACCGGGAAACAACUAGUUGUUCUCUGUCUUUUGGCUCUUUAUGACGCCACUUCCUCUUCAAAGAGUUGAAUAAAGUUACAGAGAUGCUUAUUUUCUGAAUCAGACGCAGACUAAAAUCACAGUUUCAUCCAGCUCUGCAAGAGGUCCUCCAACUUGCAGGGAAAGAUUUGGGGGUUGGUGGCAGGAUUGACACUCCAGCCACUGUAAAAACUUAGCACAGCUCUGACAAAGCUACUCUUAGUGGGAGUAGCUCUGCUGCAGCCACCAAUGGGAAGCUUGCAUGCAUCAUGAAGGGGAUGAGGGAAAGCCCUCGGGGGCCUCAUCCCCGGAGGAGUUGAAACCACCAGGGAGCCAAUGGGACCAGACCUGUUGGGAAUUGGACCUGGUGUGGUGCCGAGGCAUCACCUGCUGCACGGCAGCACUUGGGUCCGAAUCUGAGGCGGUCCAUCCGGGUAGGCGCGUGGAACGUCUUGUCUCUCCGGCAUGAUGACCAUCUUCCUCUGCUGUCGGUGGAGCUUCAUAAACACCGCAUAACAGUGGCGGCACUCAGACCAGGAACUGGUGAGAUCGCUGUAGGUGGGUACACCUAUUAUUGGUCUGGUUGCCUUGAUGGCUGCCAUACUCCGGGAGUUGCUGUUGCUGUGGCGGAAUUACUUCUCCCGAUGGUGUCCAAUGUCACUCUUUUCAACAACUAUAUUAUGAGACUCCGGCUAAGGCACUCUCCGGGUGUACACUCUGACCACAGUGAGUGCUGUCUCAAUGAGGUGACACUCCUCUGGUCACUGGUGACUUCAGUGUGACCACUGGCACUGACAGGGCUGAUUAUGAGGAUUGUGUCAGUCCCCACAGGUCUGGUGAUUGUGUUGAAAGUGGCUCCAUGUUCCUUGACUUUGCAAAAAGUCAGCAGCUGUGGGUCACUGGAUCCUGGUUCCAGUGCCCUGAGCCGCAUUUUAUCCACAAACAGGAUCUGUGAUCAAUUGUUUGCCUACCAGCAACCGGAGCAGCCUAGUUUUAUGCCUAAGAAGUCAACCGUCUGCAUCCUGGCACUGAGGGUUCUCACUGAGUGCAAACAUGAAUAUUGGCAGAGUUUCUUUGCAGCCUUUGUUGAUUUACAUAAAGAGUUUGACUCUGUUGGGCAGGCUGCCCUGUGGGACAUCCUGAGACUUCGCGGGAUCCUCCUGAAGUUGCUGGACAUCAUGGCCGGCCUGUACACUGGUACUGUGAGUGCCGGGCAGAGUGGAGGCAGAAUCUCUGCAUUCUUCCCAGUUUGUCAGGAGUGUGUUCUUGCUCCUUCUCUGCUUAAUGCUUGCAUGGGCUGGGUGUUGGGCAGGGUCAUGGGGUCCAGCAGCUGUGGGGCAUCUGUUGGUGAAGAAAGAUUCACUGAUCCAACAAAAAGUCGCACUGGCUAAGGGCGUCUGCCAAAUGCAGUUAAUGUAAAUGUAAUGCUGUGGUCUUCGCAUAGUCAAUGGAGGCUCUCAUCAGGGCUCUCGAGUUAAUGAUCGAGGAGUCUGAGUGUCUGGGCUUGUGAGUGUAAUGGAUAAAAACCAAGAUAUAGGCCUUCAAUGACCUCUUGGGCACAGCCAUCAGCAGUGUGUCUGUCUGCAGGGAGAACGUCAACCACAUCAAGAGUUUCACUUACCUUGGUAGCGACAUUCAUGUCUCUGAUGACUCUUGCUUUGAAGUCAGUAGAGGGACUGGGAGAGCAUGGGGAUCAUGAGGUUGCUGGAAAAGGGUGGCACUCCAGAUGUCUUUGUAAGAAGACAAAAGUCCAAGUCUUUAGAGUCCUGGUGCUCCCUGUCUUGCUGUAUGGCUGUGAGACAUGGACGCUAUCCAGUGACCUGAAAUGAAGACUGGACUCCUUUGGUACUGUGUCUCUUCGGAGAAUCCUUGGGUACCACUGGUUUGACUUUGUGUGCGACCGAGUGGUUGCUCAGGUAGUUCCCAAUGAGGCACAUUACCUGCAUUGUGAGGAAGUGCUAUGGCACUACGGCUAUGUUUCCGAUUCCCUGAGGGUGAUCUGGCUCACAGGAUCCUCAUUGCUGAGGACCCGAGCAGCUGGACCAGGCUAAGGGGACACCCACGUAACACCUGGCUGUGGCAGAUAGACGGCCGUUUCUGGAUGGUGGGACUGGACUGCAUGUUGGCCUGGAGGGUCGCCAACCAGGAUCCUGAGGUGUUUCAUUGUGUGGUGGGAUCGGCAACGCGCUGUACCAGUGCAUGCUUCCCAACCUUGACCUGACCUGACAGUCACACCCGUCCCGCAAACAUUACACCUCAGUCUAAUUCACUCCUGUGUAGUCUGUGCCAGUAGCUGUGUUGUCCAGUUAUCGGCGGAUGUCAGAAGAUUCAUUAAUAACUUUCAACGAGGCACAAGAAGAAGUCAGAAGAAUUACUUUCUUAUAUUGUUCCCUCAGAAACUAUAUCCGUUAAUUGUAACUUGGUUUGACAUUUUUCAUCCUCAUUUUAGACUGAAAACUUCAGCCAAGGCUAAUGGGUCUUUAAAGAAACACUCAGUCAGAGAACAUGUUUCUGGAUAUCUUAUUCAGCUUCGGUCCAUUUUAUUUUGACUUUUUGCAUAACUGAGCUUCCUAUGAGAGAUGUAUUUUAUUCCAUUAUUACAUGGCUGAACAUAAUAUGUGUUUUGACUUUAGCCCAUCUGUCCUCGUCACCUAAAAUAUCCUCCUUGGGAGAUUUUUUUGGAACUUUUUCGAGAUCCCUGGUAACACUUUACUUGAGGGGGCAUAAGUAAAUGUUACAUUUUUUGUACUCGCUCUGCAUCUAAAUUACUCACUGCAGGAAGUGAGCGACACUCUUACUUAAUGUUUUUAUUAACCAGUAACUAAUUGUUAGUUAUGCACUGAUCCCAUGUUCGUUUAUCAUUAAAUCAUCAUAAUGGUUCACGAAUUUCAUGCAGUUACUAUAUUUGUUCGUGAUUUGUAGUUGAGUAGUAACUGAGUAAGUUAUUUGUGCCACCUCAAGUAUAGUGUUACCAGAUCAGCUUUAUCAUUCUGUGUGUUUGUGAAACAUUUCCUUCGGCAUGGACUGUUUGCCUUCUUGAGUUGUUGGAUGGUCAAUGGAAGAUGUGUAUGUUGGAAUUAAAAAAAUACAGUUUAUCCUUCAGUGUAGGGGGGGCUUUUAAAUUUAUUGGCCUUUAUUUCAGGUCCUGAAUUCGGUGGGUGAAGUUCUUGGGAUCUCACUGUAAUGUGGCACAAUCCCUCCUCGCAUACAGGACAAAAUGGUUCAGCGGUUUCCAAAAUGUCAGGUUGAUACUCUUUCACAUUCAUCCACAUAUUGAUGCAUGUUAGGACCUAAGAAGAAUCCUUCUAUUUUCUAGUUUCUGUUCCUGAAAUAAAACACAAAGCAAAGCAAAUGACUAGGCCUUAUAUCUGAUGUAUGAACUGGAUACAGAUUACUCACUCAGGUUGAUUUUCUGUUGCAGCUGUACUAGCAUGCCUAUUUAUACUGCAGUUUCACUGUAAAUUAAACUUGGCCCACAGCUGGCUGGCUGAGUGAUCUUCUGCUUGCCCCUUUCCUCCCUCCUCGUUAAAUGAUACCUUUUGCUACAUUGCAGUUCAUUGGCACUUAAUUUCUUAAUUUUUUGUAUUCCUUAGCCCUUAGACUGGUUAUUAAAAUGUAUGUUUAGUAUCACAAGGUGCAUAAUGUUAAUAAAAGGAAUGUGUGAGCAUCA